AUGAACAGUUAUUCACAGCAACGAACAAUAUCAAACAGAAAUGUUCCCAUACAUAAUGUGACGGAAACAUUAAUUCCAUUUAAUGACGAACAAAUAAAUUAUCGUCAACCUAAAUCCAGCAGAAAUGUUCGCAUACAAACUAAAUUAACUGCAAAUAGACUUGAUGAUGAACCGGAAAAUUAUCGAGAGUACGUACGGACUAAAAAUAUUGGUAUACAAACAACAUCUACAGAUAUUGUCUUGGAUGAUACUGUAAAGAACGAACGUCAGCAGGCACGAAAUCCAAGAGGCAAUACCAGAGAGAAUGUAACACAUCCGUUAGAUGGAACAGAUGAAAAUCUCAAUCCAGAAGUAUCACGUGGUGAAAGACAAACAGGAAGAUCAGAAAAAGAUUCUACUGUUAACAGAAAUAAAUCUGAUCAACCAGAUAGACGAAGUACAAAAAAAGUUGAUAAAGAUAUCACUAAAAGUGAUGGUACAGAAAUAAGUCCUAUUCUAGGAUAUUCUGAAGAACCUUUAUUACCACUUGCACAAGCAUGUGCUCCAUUAGCUGAUAUCUUUCAUAAUUUAUCAUUCUAUGUUGACUUAGCAUUAAAGGAAACUCCAGAACAACCACCUGAUGGAUUAUCAAUUGAUGAAAGUGCUGCAAUUCGGCUUUAUACAAUUGAAUGGGAUAAACCUCAUCGAAGUCUCUAUUCAACACUCAAUUAUAAUCUGAAAAAUAAUGAUCGUCAAGCACUUCUACCUUUUCACAGGUAUCUCAAAUUGUUCUUAACUGCUCUUGUUAAAUUACCAUGUGUUCCACCAUUAACUGUUUGGCGUGGAGUAACUAUGAAUUUAAGUGCAGAAUUUCCACCUGGUAGUGCUAUGACAUGGUGGGCAUUUUCAUCAUGUACUACUGAAAUGACUGUACUUGAAAAUAAUAUGUAUUUGGGACAAGAAGGUGAUCGAUCACUUUUUUCUGUUGAAGCUAUCAAUGGUCGAACAAUAAAAUCUCAUUCACAUUUCGUUACUGAAGAUGAAAUUGUUCUUAUGUCAGGUACUCAUAUGAUAGUUCAAUCACAACUUAGUCCAGCAGCUAAUCUAUAUAUUAUUCAUUUGAAACAAGUAGAACCAGAAAUGAUGACACUUGAACCACCAUUUGAAGGCGCACAUAUUUAUCCUAAAAUUCCACGUCCAUUUUAUCGAAAGAAAAGAUUUAUGAUUCCAAUUUGUUUACUGCUUAUUCUAUUUAUUGCAGGUGUUAUUAUUGGUGUUAUUAUGGGAACAAAAUCAAAAACAACAAAAUAUGUAUGCGAGAAUCCAUUUCAACCAUCUGAUCCUAUCAAUACUGGACGUUAUCCAUCUUCAUCGGUAGUGGGCUAUUUUGAUAAUGAUACAUAUCUCGAUAUAGCAAUAGUCAACUCAAAAGAUAAUACUGUGGCUUUACUAUUAGGUGAUAAGGAGCAAAUUUUUCGAAGUACGCAAUCUGCUACUGGUAAUAAACCAUCUAGUAUGAUAUCAGUUGAUUUAAAUAAUGAUAAGAAAAUAGAUUUGGUUGUGACUAAUACAAAUGACGAUACAGUCGGUGUUCUAUUUGGUUUGGGCAAUGGAUUGUUUCUGGAUUCAGUCGAUUAUAAUGUUGGUGUAGGUCCAAAUCUUGUAAUUUCUGCUGAUUUUAAUAAUGAUGGUCAGCUGGAUUUAGCAGUAUCGAAUCAAGGUGAUAUUACUGUUAGUGUCCUUUUUAACAAUGGGAAUGGAUUAUUUCCAAAUAGUACCUAUUUUUCAACUUAUGAUCCCCCAUCCGCAAUAGUUUCUGGCGAUUUCAAUGGUGAUAAAAUAAUGGAUUUAGCAAUGUCAUAUAGUUUGGAUCCCUACGUUGAUUUGUUUUAUGGCUUAGGAAAUGGAUCAUUUAAUAAUUCAGAUUUUUAUUUUACUGGUUACUAUCCAAUUUCUAUGGUAUUAACUGAUUUAAAUAAUGACAAAAACCCGGAUUUAGUGACGGGUAAUAAUAAUGACGGCACUAUCACUAUACUCAUAAACAAUGGCGAUGGAAGUUUUACAACAUCGACUCUUGAUUCAAUUGGUAUUUACUUAAGUUUUUUGAUAGCAGCUGAUUUCAACAAUGACAAUAACGUAGAUUUAGCAAUAAUAGACACUUAUGAAUACGCUGUUAAUGUACUACUUGGGUCUGGGAAUGGAAGCUUUCCAUCAAGUAUCCCGUAUUAUCUUGGUUAUCAACCACUAUACAUUGUUGCAACUGAUUUCAACAAUGAUAACAAAACAGAUUUGGCAAUAAUAAGCAAUGAUGACUAUAGUACCAGUGUGGUACUAGGUGCUGGUGAUGGUAGUUUUUCCUAUGAUGCUCAGGCUAUAAAUACUGAAUCUGCCUUGUGGCUAGUAUCAUAUGAUUUCAAUGAUGAUCAUAAUCAAGAUCUUGCAUUGAUUGCUGAAGAAAAUAAUUAUAUCAUUGUGUUACUUGGUAGUGGCAAUGCAAGUUUUCUAAUUCCACUAAGCAAUACUGUUGGUGGCUUUCCAUAUCAAGUCAUAUCAUCCGAUUUUAAUAAUGAUACUAAACAAGAUCUGAUAGUAAUCAGUCAAGGUAACAAUACACUCGAUGUACUCUUUGGUUAUGGAAAUGGAUCGUUUAAUACUCCAGUCAAUUAUACAGUUGGCCAAUUACCCUCAUGCGUCGUUGCAUCAGAUUUCAAUUCUGAUAAGAUACUUGAUCUGGCAGUAUCAAAUAUUCAAGAUGCCACUGUCAAUGUAUUAUUUGGUAAGAAAAAUGGAAGUUUUGAAAUUCAAUACACAUAUAAUUUUACCGGAUCUCCGACAUGUGUUACAGCAGGUGAUCUAAAUAAUGAUGGAAAACCAGAUUUAAUCGUGACAAAUAAAAAAAACAAUACAGUUAGUAUAUUAUUUAAUAAUGGGAGUGGAAAUUUUAUAUAUUCAAAUGACUAUACAGUCGGUAGAACACCAACUUUUUUAAUAUCCGGCGAUUUUAAUAAUGAUAAAAAUAUUGAUUUGGUAGUUGUUAACUCUGGUUCGAAUAAUGUCAGUGUACUACUCAAUAAUGGCAAUGCAACUUUUAGCAAUGCAACAAAUUAUGCAGUUGGAAAAGGUCCAAGCUUCGUAUCAGCAAAUGAUGUUAAUAAUGAUGGAAUCAUAGAUUUAGUAGUGGUUAAUAGUAAUAGUGAUAGUAUCAGUGUGUUACUUGGGUAUGGAAAUGCAGAUUUUCAAACUCAAAUCACGUAUACGACACCGAAAAAUCCAACUUCUGUGGUAGUAUUUGAUUUCAAUAAGGAUAACAAACCGGAUCUGGCUGUAACAAGUGCUAGAGCUAAUAGUUUGUCUAUUUUCUUGAACAUAUGCAAAGGCUGA